GUCAAGUUCCACUGUCUUCAACAUGAGGGUCUUCCAUCAUGUUCUCGGGGUGACUGUACUGGCAUUUCUAGUAUGUGAGACAGCUGCAGAGCCUUCUUCAAUCUGGGAAAGCGUUGUCAAUUAUUGUUGGGGGAAAGUUUGGCCAGGCCGGACCGAUGACACAUCGCAGGCAGAUAGCCCCCCCAUCCAAAUAACCCAAAAGACGGAAGAUAUUGAUUUAUUACUGUAUGCAAAAACUGUGUACGAAAAACAAGACAUUAAGAGCGAUGUUGGAGACAAAACCACUUGGCCUCUUGAAACGGGUGUUUUGAAAUCGGAUUCGGAUUUUAUAGCAAGGCAUAAAAUACACAAGGACAAAGUACUUGCGAUUUACUUUGGCACCGAUAAGGAAACUGAGGAUUCGAUCCGACGACAAAAGGUCAAAGCUGCGAUGGAAUUCGCAAAAUACAAUUUAGAAAAUGGAAUUUUCUUAUAUGUCCGAUACGGAUCUAUCACUGAAAAUUUGCUAAAAGAAAAUGAAAUAGAUAUCGGUGAUCUUUGGUUGGACUUGAAAGAUAAGUUCCUAGAAGUCGUCGUUACUUCCAAAGGUGAAUAUGAAAAGAGACAUAACACCUAUAAAGGCAGAACUAUUUUUAUUGUUUUAAAAGACUCGGAUCAAAAGGUGCCAAUACUCACAUGUGAAGAGUCUGGUAUAACACAAGCAAAGGAUACGUUGAAGUGCAAUAAUUAUAAAAGUAAAUACAUUCGCGUCGUCUGGCUCGAGGUUGAUGUGAAGAUCCUGGGCAAGGAUUAUGUAGACAGCCUCUGUCCUAACCGAAGAAUGCCAGAUUGCUACCCUAGGAUGUACCGCGAAGUAUCUGGAAGGGUGACAGAAAUAUUUAGAGGAUAUAAGGAUAUGUACCGUGGAGAUCAAACCAAUUGGCCAUGUCACAAGAAGAAAGUUUAAUGACCCUAGGAGGGUAAAAUAAUUUGGAAGACCAAAUGCUGUAACUUACAAACAUUUCAAUUACAAAAACAUGUUAUUAUUCGUA